AGGCGGGGACGCACCGGGGCUCACCGGUACCGGCACAGCCGGCGGUGGGUACCCGCCCCCGGCCCCGGGGAAGCCCUAUCCGCUUCCCCUCCCUCUUCAUUACACACACACACACACACCCCGGGAGCUGCUACUAUGGCCCCGCGGCCGGAGCCGCCGCCUCCACCGCCUCCCCGGCCCCGUGGAGACGGAGGGGGCGGCGGGACGGGGCGGCCCUGGGCGUAGGGAGCGGGGGAGGCCCGGAGGAUGCUGGCGGCGGUCGGGCGAGGACAAGCGCAUCGCUUCGGGACUGGGGCUGCGGCAACCGGUGGGCUCCCAGCGUGGCCCCUCCCAGCCUUUCUCCGUCCAUUCAUCCGUUCAUCCUUCCAUCCAUCCAUCCCCGGUGGAACGAAGCGUCUCGGCGAAGGGUAAAGAGAGGAGGAACUGUGAGGGUUGCCCCCCGAAAGCGGCUGCCCUCGAAGGAGGAGCAGGGAGGCAUCGCGACAUCUUUCAGCUCCACGUCGCUUCGGUUGCACCCGGGCAGUGCGCAAGGGCUGGAGGAGAGCCGGGGAAGCAGGACCGCUCCGCUCCCGGCCUCCCCACCGCCCCGCUGCCCACUCUCCGUAGCUGUCACCCUCCGGCUGCUCCGCGGCACGCAGCGCGAUCUGGGGUGACGGCCACGGGAGAAGGGGACAGGCCCGGUGGCGAGGCAGGGAUGCUGUGGGCAACACCGUGGUGAGCAUCGGGGCGCGGGGGCCCGCGGCGUUUCGGCGGGGUCGGGGCAGGCGGCGGCACCACGAUGCCCAGGAGCAGGGCUUUCUCCGAGCCCGAGUACUCGGCCGAGUACUCCGCCGACUACUCCGUGAGCUUGCCCUCGGACCCCGAGCACGGCGUGGGUCGGACCCACGAGGUGACGGUGCGCAGCUCGGGGCCCUGCCUCUGCCUCCCCCGCUUCAUGCGCCUCACCUUCGCUCCCGAGUCCUUGGAGAACCUCUACCAGACCUAUUUCCGUCGGCAACGCCACGAAACCCUCCUGGUGCUGGUGGUCUUCGCUGCUCUCUUUGACUGCUAUGUCCUCAUCAUGUGCGCCGUGGUCUACGCCGCCGACAAGCUGGCUCCGGUGCUGGCGGCAGCGGCCGGGCUGGUGGCUCACAUCCUGCUCUUCAUCCUUUGCAAGUACAGGCUGCUCCCCGAGCGGGUGGCCCGCAGGUUCCUGCCUUACGUCCUCUGGGUCCUCAUCUUGGCCCAAAUCUUCUGCUACCUUGGUCUCAACUUCUCCCGCUCGCCCGAGGCCAGCGACACGGUGGGCUGGCAGGCUUUCUUCGUCUUCUCCUUCUUCAUCACUCUGCCCCUGCGCUUGGCCCCCAUCGUGCUCAUCACCGCCGUCUCCUGCGGCAUUCAUACCCUGGUUCUCGGUGUCACCGUUGCCCAGCAGCGACAGGACGCCCUGGACGAGGGCACACUGCUGAGACAGAUCCUGUCCAACGUGGCCAUCUACCUUUGUGCCAUCACGGUGGGCACCAUGUCCUACUACAUGGCCGACCGCAAGCACCGCAAAGCCUUCCUCGAAGCGCGCCAGUCCCUCGAGGUCAAGCUCAACCUGGAGGAGCAGAGCCAGCAGCAGGAGCGGCUGAUGCUCUCCAUCCUGCCCAAGCAUGUGGCCGAUGAGAUGCUGAAGGACAUGAAGAAGGACCCGAGCCAGAAGGAGAUGCAGCAGUUUAACACCAUGUACAUGUACCGCCACGAGAACGUCAGCAUCCUUUUUGCUGACAUCGUGGGCUUCACGCAGCUCUCCUCAUCCUGCAGCGCCCAGGAGCUGGUGAAGCUCCUCAACGAGCUCUUUGCCCGCUUCGACAAGCUGGCAGCUAAAUACCAUCAGCUGCGCAUCAAGAUCCUGGGAGACUGCUACUACUGCAUCUGCGGGCUCCCCGAGUACCGGGAGGACCACGCUGUUUGCUCCAUCAUGAUGGGGCUGGCCAUGGUGGAGGCCAUUUCCUACGUGCGGGAGAAGACCAAGACGGCGGUGGACAUGCGGGUGGGGGUGCACAGCGGGACGGUGCUGGGGGGCGUGCUGGGCCAGAAGCGCUGGCAGUACGACGUGUGGUCCACCGACGUCACCGUGGCCAACAAGAUGGAGGCAGGAGGCAUCCCUGGGCGGGUGCACAUCUCGCAGAGCACCAUGGACUGCCUGAAGGGCGAGUUCGAGGUGGAGCCGGGUGAAGGUGGGUCACGCUGCGAGUACCUGAAGGAGAAGGGCAUCGUCACCUACCUCGUCGUGGUCCCCAAGCAGCCCCUGCGCAACGGCAUCAACGGGGUGAAGCUGUCGCUGACCUCAUCCCACGGCGGUUCCCCGUCGCUGGUCAACACCAAAGAGUGCAACGGCAGCCUCAGCCUGGCCUGCACCAGCCCCGAGGACCUUGAGGAGCCUGACGCCAGGGUGAGGAGCACUCUGGAGAGCGGGGAGGAGGAUGGAGAGGCGGUGAACCCCUCCUUCCCCAACCCCCGGCGACGGCUGCGGCUGCGGGACCUGGCCGAGCGCGUCAUCGACGCCUCGCAGAACGAGCAGGAGCUCAACAAGCUGCUCAACGAAGCGCUGCUGGAGCGCGAGUCCAUCCAGGCGCUGAAGGGGAAGAGCACCUUCCGGCUUUCCAUGCGCUUCAUUGACCCCGAGAUGGAGACUCGCUACUCGGUGGAGAAGGAGAAGCAGAGUGGGGCUGCCUUCAGCUGCUCCUGUGUUGUUCUCUUCUUCACUGCCUUGGUGGAGGUCCUCAUUGACCCUUGGUUGGUGGCCAACUACGUGACCUUUGUGGUGGGAGAGAUCCUGCUGCUCGUUCUCACCCUCUGCUCACUGGCUGCUAUCUUCCCCCGGGUCUUCCCCAAAAGGCUUGUGUCCUUCUCCACCUGGAUCGACAGGACCCGCUGGGCACGCAACACCUGGGCCAUGGCUGCCAUCAUCAUCGUCACCAUGGCUGAUGUUGUGGACAUGCUCAGCUGCUGGCAGGACAACGGCAGGAUGGGCAAUGGGACCGUGGGGCCACCACAGCUGGGGGGCUGCGGAGAGCAGCCCAAGUACUACAGCUACAUCGCCUUGCUGGCCUUGGUGGCCACCAUCAUGCUGGUACAGGUCAGCCACAUGGUGAAGCUGACCCUCAUGGUGCUGAUCACUGGGGCCACCGGUGCUGUCAACAUCUACGCCUGGGAGCACAUCUUUGACCAGUACGACCGCCGUCGUGGCCAGCAAAGCACGUCCUCCAUCGUCCCUUCCAAGUACUCCAUGACAGCUAUGAUCUUCAUCGUGAUGCUCAGCUUCUACUACUUCUCUCGCCACGUGGAGAGACUGGCCAGAACCCUUUUCCUGUGGAAGAUUGAUGUCCAUGAUCAGAAGGAGCGUGUCUACGAGAUGAGGCGCUGGAACGAGGCCCUCGUCACCAACAUGCUGCCCGAGCACGUGGCCCGCCACUUCCUGGGCUCCAAGAAGAGGGAUGAGGAGCUGUACAGCCAGUCCUACGAUGAGAUCGGGGUCAUGUUCGCGUCGCUCCCCAACUUUGCUGACUUCUACACAGAAGAGAGCAUCAACAACGGCGGCAUCGAGUGCCUGCGCUUCCUCAACGAGAUCAUCUCCGACUUCGACGCGCUCCUGGAUGAACCCCAGUUCCGGUGCAUCACCAAAAUCAAAACCAUCGGCAGCACCUACAUGGCCGCCUCGGGAGUGACCCCGGAUGCCAACGCCAAUGGCUACAGUGCCAAGAAGGAGACGCUCUCGGAUAAGGAGCGCUGGCAGCACUUGGCCGACCUUGCUGACUUUGCCUUAGCCAUGAAGGUGACACUGAUGAACAUCAACUACCAGUCCUUCAAUAACUUCAUGCUCCGCAUAGGCAUGAACAAGGGAGCUGUGCUGGCCGGCGUCAUCGGCGCCCGCAAGCCACACUACGACAUCUGGGGCAACACAGUGAACGUGGCCAGCAGGAUGGAGUCCACCGGCGUGAUGGGGAACAUACAGGUGGUGGAGGAGACCCAUCUCAUCCUGAAGGAAUACGGCUUCCGCUUCGUGCGCCGCGGAGCCAUCUACGUCAAGGGCAAGGGGGAGCUGCUCACCUUCUUCCUCAAGGGCCGGGAGAAGCAAGGCUCCUUCAUCAACAGCUCCUCUGUCACCCUUCCCCAUCAGGUGGUGGACAAUUCAUGAGGCUCUGGCAUCUGAGCAGUACCACCUCCCAGCACUGAGCGGGCCGGCUCGGGGAGGGCUUGGGGAUGUCCAUCCCACCAUUGGUCUGGAUCUGAAACCACACCUUAGGAAGCCAACCCCUUCCCACCACCUUUCUGAGCCUCGAUGGAAGUUUCUGGUGGAGAGGUUUGCUCCGUCAUGCCUGUGGCUGAGGAGGAGGGAGGUGUGAGGCCACCUUGGUGAGCUCCUCCGGCUGUUUAUGCUUGCCCAAGCACAAAGGAGCCUCCAGCACCAGCUGGGCAUGAGGCUGGGGACAUGCAUCACCCUUCCCCAGGCAUCCUGAGCUCCCCCGGCUGUGCCAGGGGGACAGGAUGACCUCAAAGUAGCAUCAUGGGCCUUGGCACGAGGAGAUCCAAACUCAGGGCUGGAUGGGAAGACGCCAAGUCUCUCUGCGUGCCAGGAGUGGGAGCUACAGCCCAGGAGCAUCCAGGCUUUGCUGUUAGUUUGUACCAAGUUCAUCCUGGUCACAGAGCACCACAGUCGGGGGAUAGAGAGAGCAGUGAAGCCAUCCUUGGCUAGGGGAAGCAGGAGAAGGUCCUGACCUUGUGCAUUUCAGAUCUAUAAAUAUAUAGAACACGAGAGGAGAGCUGGACAGGUGCCUUUGGAUGGUGCCCCUUCCCUCCCUGCACGCUGCCAUCUGCUGCUGCCACUUUGUUGUCGCUUGAUGGAACGGAAGAGCUGGGGCGGGCCGAGGAGGGGCUGGGUGGGCUGAGGCCAGGGGAGAAGGCAGGCACCUGCAGAAUGUAAUUAAGCUACUAGACUCUUGAAUAGAAGCAGUUGAGUUUCAAA